AUGGGUCAUCAGCAGCUCUACUGGAGCCAUCCGAGGAAAUUCGGCCAGGGUUCUCGUUCUUGCUGGGUUUGCUCGAACCUCCACGGUCUGAUCUGGAAAUACGGCCUCAACCGGUGCCGCCAGUGUUUCGGUCAGUAUGCGAAGGACAUAGGAUUCGUUAAGUUGGACUAAGUGAACGUCCAUGAAUGAGUCAUUUAAGACAUAUACCUUAUGACAGAAUGCUAUCUCUUUUUACAUAAAAUAAAAUAAAAACCUU